ACACCACUUGACAGAAUAAUGUUGGGUUAUGUGUCACACCCAAAACAAUAAUAAAAAUAUUAUAAAUAAAUAAAUAAAUUUAAUAAAAUGAUAUUAAGAAAUUCUCCAAUUCACUGGAUAAUAGGUUUAAUAACAAUAUUAAUAAUAAUAUAUUUUAAAAUAAAAUUAACAAGUUUGGAAAAUGAAAAUAAAUUACUUGUUGAAACAAUAACACAAAUUCAAAGUCAAAUAAAAAAUCAUGGAUUAAAAAAUAAUAAAGAUUUAUUAUUGUCAUCAUCAAAUAUAGAUGAUACAAUUGUGAUAUAUAAUAGAGUACCUAAAACAGGAUCAACUAGUUUUGUUGGUGUUGUUUAUGAUACAUGUAAAAAAAAUAAAUUUCAUACAUUACAUGUUAAUAUUACAAAUAAUAUGCACACAUUAACUCUUCCAAAUCAGCUUAAAUUUGUUAAUAAUAUAACACAAUGGAAUUCCAUGAAGCCUGCAUUUUAUCAUGGGCAUUUUAGAUUUUUAAAUUUUAACAAAUUUGGUGUUAAACAAACACCAUUGUAUAUUAAUCUUCUUCGUAAGCCAAUUGAUAGAUUUGUAUCUUAUUAUUAUUUUUUACGUUAUGGUGAUAAUUUUCGUCCUUAUUUAAUAAGAAAAAAAGCUGGUGAUAAAAAAACAUUUGAUGAUUGUGUUAAAGCUGGACAGUCUGAUUGUGAUCCAAGUAAUAUGUGGUUACAAAUACCAUUUUUAUGUGGUCAUGAUCCAAAAUGUUGGGAAGUUGGAAAUAAAUGGGCUCUAAAUGAAGCAAAAAAAAAUUUAGAAAAAUAUUAUCUUCUUGUUGGAGUUACUGAAGAAAUGGAUGAUUUUAUUGCAACAUUACAAGCAGUAUUACCAAGAUUUUUUAAAGGAACUUAUGAUUAUUUUUUACAUAGUAAUAAAUCACAUUUACGUCAAACAACACAAAAAUUAAUUCCACUUGAAGAAACAAUAUUAAAAAUACGUAAUUCAACAGUAUGGAAAAUGGAAAAUGAACUUUAUGAAUUUGCACUUGCUCAUUUUCAUGCUAUUAAAAAAAAAAUAAUAAAUCCAUCAAUACAAGAUUUAAAUCAAAAUUUUAUGUAUGAAAAAAUACGACCAAAAUAA